AUGAAGAACUUCGCCACCCUGGCGGCGUUCGCCGUCGGCACCAAUGCUCUCGUGGGCCGCAGCAACAACUGCUGCUUCCACCUGAACUCCUCGGGCGGCGCGUCGGGCUCGCUCGGCCAGCUGAAUGACGGCCAGGUCCGCAUUGGUGACAACAGCCUGUCGGCCUCGCAGUUCUGCAUCGACUCGAACGGUGCCAUCACCGACAACAAGGGCCGUGGCUGCGUUGUGACCUCGGAAACUACCCAGUUCCAGUGUGACGAGGGUGCCAACCCAACCCCGGGCUUCUCGGUCAACUCGCAGGGCGAGCUGGAGUUCCAUGGCAGCACUCACUUCAUUGCCUGCCAGACUGGCCAGAACAACGGCAUGAAUGUCUACACCACCAACAGCUCUGAUGUGACCAUGUGCAAGAAUGUCGACCUGUCGGCUGACUCGUGCUCUGGCUCUAGCUCCGGUGGCGGUAACGGUGGUGGCGCGUCUUCGUCUGUUGCCGUGCCCUCUGGUGUUCCCUCUGGUGUUCCCUCUGGUGUUCCCUCUGGUGUUCCCUCUGGUGCUCCCUCUCGUCCUGCUUCCUCGUGGGGCCAGUCGAGCGCCCCGAUCCCCUCGACCCCCGUGUCUUCGGUGCCGUCUAUCCAGUCGACUGGCUACCCUGGCUCUGGCGCUGGCUCUUCCAUGUCUGUCCCCGGCUCGGGCCCCAGUCCUUCCAUGCCUGGCCCCAGUGCUGGUACUUCUGCUUCUGUCCCCGGCUCGGGCCCUAGCCUUUCCAUGCCUGUCCCCAGCGCUGGGUCGACUGGAUACCCUGGUUCUGGCGCUGGCUCCUCUGCUUCUGUCCCCGGUUCAGGCCCUAGCCCUUCUAUGCCUGUCCCUGGUGCUGGUUCUACUGGCUAUCAGGGCGCUGGAUCUGACACCGGCUCUUCCAUGUCGAUGCCCGCUACUGAGUCGACUGGUUACCCCGGCUCGGGCUCGGGUUCUUCGGCUUCUGUCCCUGGUGCUGGUUCCACCGGCUACCCCGGCUCUGGAUCCGGCUCAGGCUCAGACUCCGAGACUGCCCUGUCUGGCUCCCCCCAGACCGUGCACACUACCGUGACGGUCACCGACUGCCCCUGCACUGCCAGCGGAUCUUCUGGCUCUCCUGCGCCUAGCCAGUCUGUUCCUGGUGGUCAGCCCUCUGCUCCUGGAUCGCAGCCUGCUGUCUCGCCCAGUGUUCCCAUCCAGUCCAGUACUCCCUUCAUCCCUACUGGCGGUGCUCAUCCCUCCCCCUCCACCGGUGUUCCCGAGUCCAGCACCCCGAUGGUUCCUGGCGGCGGCUCCCAGACCUCUGCCUCUACGGGUGUCCCCGAGUCCAGCGCUCCCUCGACUCCCAACGGUGGCUCUCAGUCCUCUGGCUCCGCUAGCGUCCCGGCCGGCACAGCGUCGAGCACUCCUUCGGGUACUCAGUCGUCCGGUGGCAGCUGUCCCACUAACUUGUCGGGUGAAUACCAGUACCCGCACCUGAUCAUUCCCGUGGACUCCUCGUCGCCGAACAGCGCCCCCGGCACAUCGUACAAUGGCACGGUCACCUCGACCAUCUCCAGCCUCUUCAAUUUCGACAUCCCAUCGUCGUACUCCGGCAAGACCUGCAGCCUGGUGUUCCUUUUCCCCCACCUCCAGGACCUCGAGACCUCAUCGUACAGCUUCAGCGGUGACGGCAAGAUCGACUUCGCCAAGCUGUCUUCGGCCGCCAGCUCCUCGACCUCCUACAGCAACGUCCCCUCGGUGGCCCAGGACCUUGGUGAAAAGACCGUUUCGCCUGGCAACUCGUACGUUGUCUCCACUUUCUCGUGCCCUGCCGGCCAGACCGUCGCAUACGAGAUGAAGAACGCGGGCAGCACCGACCUCAACUUCUUCGAGGACUACAACCCCUCUCCUCUGGGUCUGUACAUCACCACCUGCUAA